AUGCCAACAGCUCCCUGUCGACUAGCUCACGGAAGAACUGAGGGUGAAGCUUUCCCGAUCGUCCCUGUUAGAGGCUCGGCGACAAUCAACUCAUCUCUGGCUCAUCUUAUGCAGCUUUUGGUGUAUCUGACUGCAGAACGGGCAUGUUGA